CCAGUCCGGGCCGUGAGGCGGCUUGCUGCUGCUGUUGUUGUUGUUGCUCUUGCUGCUGCGUGAGGCUGUGCCCUUUCAGUCAACCGCUGUCGCGUCUGUUCCAGAGCGGUGAGAGGGCGGCAGGGGCCGUUUGAGGCGGGGCCACCACGGCAAGCCUCACCCACCCAUCGAGAAGGAGCGAGAGCGGCGCGUCCUGGAGAAGCCUCCUAUAUGGAUAAACCUGGUAGUGAUGUUGAAGCUGGAAAAAAGCUGCUGUAAUCAAAGACAGGAUGAGUCGGCUGCUAGAUGAUCAAGAAAAUGCCCAGGGCAGCAGUCUGGGCUCUCGGCCUUCUUUACGGGAAGUUCAUUCCAUCAACCCGGCACAGCUAAUGGCAAGAAUUGAAUCUUAUGAAAACAGAGAGAAGAAAGGCAUAUCUGAUGUCCGAAGGACUUUCUGUUUGUUUGUCACCUUUGACCUCUUGUUUGUAACGUUGCUGUGGAUAAUAGAGUUAAAUGUGAAUGGGGGCAUUGAGAAAGCAUUAGAAAAAGAAGUCCUCCAUUAUGACUACCAUUCUUCAUAUUUUGAUAUCUUUCUCCUGGCAGUCUUUCGGUUUAAGAUUUUGAUACUUGCAUACGCAUUGUGCAGACUGCAACACUGGUGGGCAAUAGCAUUUACAACUGCGGUAACCAGUGCCUUCUUAUUAGUAAAAGUAAUUCUCUCAAAGCUAUUUACUCAAGGUGCUUUUGGCUAUGUGUUGCCCAUCAUAUCUUUCAUUCUUGCCUGGAUAGAAACCUGGUUCCUGGAUUUCAAAGUUCUACCACAAGAAGCAGAAGAGGAAAACAGACUACUGCUGGUACGGGAUGCCUCUGAGCGAGCUGCCCUUAUUCAGCCUGGAGUCCCGUCUGAAGGGCAGUUUUACUCCCCUCCUGAAUCUGAAGCAGGAUCUGAUGAAGAAUCUGAAGAAAAACAGGACAGUGAGAAACCAGUUGUAUAGCAAAGAUGGCAAUAAUAGAGUGAAAACCUGAAUGCAGAGCUGCUCCGAACUUGCUACUCUUGGACUAUAAAACUGCUGCUGGCAGUUUGCUUACUUUUGGAACUCAUAGUGAAAGCAUUUAUUUAUUUAUUGAUCAAGGGGAAUUGUCCCUAUGCUCUGUAAUACCUCACCAAAUCUGUAUCUCUCUCAUAUAUAUAUAUAUAUAUAUAUAUAUAUAUAUAUAUAUAUAUAUGAAUGAAUCAUGCCUAAUAUGAAAAAGUACUUGUCUAUAAUGUAUUCAAUGAUGCUUGAAACUAAUUUUCUAAUGACCAGGAAGCCACUGGAGAGUAGCGUGCUUGUGGAUCUAAUACUACAUGAAGUAAUACUUUUCAAUGAAGUUUGUCUAAUGAUUAUUGGGAUUUACUAUAAAUUGUUAAAUGUCAUUAAUUUUACGUUUUGUUUUUUAACAAUGUUUUUUUUAAAAGAAAAGAUGGGAGUUAUGCACUCCAUGUAAAUUAAAGGAACAUGUUAAUCAAAUGUGGCAUCACCAGUUUGUGUGUAAAUUCUCAAUGUGCACGAGAGGGCCUUGUUUCCUCUUUUAUAUAAGGUUUCAAAACCAUGCACCUGCUGAGAAACAAACUUGGUUACUUCUGCCAGAUUAUAAAAGCCCACAUGGCUUGCUUUUGUGUGUUUUUUAAAAAUGUGCUCUACUGCCAGCUAACACCAUUAAGAUUGUAAUUAAGCUAAUUGGAAGUCCCUACAGUAUUUUGUGUAUUAUAUUAUCUAAAAAGUCCACAAACAUAAAACAUACUGUUCUCCCAAACG